UUCAUCUCCGCGGAGAUUUGCGUCUAGCCUCUGUCGUCAGCAGCUUCGUCUGCACAGUGUCAGCACAGCAUGGCGGAGCGAAACCAAAGUACGGGAGACCAAAAUGCGGACGUUUUACCACAAGAAGAGACAGAAGAAGAGCAAAACAAGGUAGUUCUGACCCUGGAGAUCCUACAGACGAUAAAAGAUGCCCAGCAGACGCACGGACUAAGGCAUGGAGACUACCAACGUUACAGGGGUUACUGUGCACGGCGCCUACGGAGGCUUAGGAAGGGUCUUCACUUCACCUGCGGAAAUCGACACAAGUUCCAGAGGAAGCCAAUCACAGAAGAGCUUCUAUCGGAGCAACGGUUCCUUCUCAUACCACUGAUGGAGGCAGAGAGGGCCUGGAGUUAUGCUAUGCAGUUGAAACAAGAAGCUAACACAGAGCACAGGAAACAGUUCCACAUGGUCAGCCGUAUGAAGAAAGCUGCAGGACAUGCAGCCACUCUGGCCAAGCUCUGUGACUCUGACAAGGUUGAUGCGAGAACCAAGUUAGAGGCGCAGGCGUACAGUGCCUGGAUGCAGGGUUCACUGGAGUUCGAGGUCCAGCUAUGGGAGAUGGCGCUCAACCACUUCAACGAAGCCAAGACGAUCUACGAGAAGCUGAGCAGCGCUCUCCCCGAGGACGCGCGGAUGGUGUACGACCUGCGGGUGGAGGAUAUCAAGCCGAGUAUACGGUACUGCGCGUACAACAUCGGUGACCAAUCCGCCAUGGAGGACCUGCUACAGAUGAGGGUCAAGUCUGGAGCACAGGGCAUGCUGGGAGAUAAGCUGGACGAGCUGGUUGCCCAGACGAGGGAGAAGCAGGCGGCGACCAUCAGCGAAGUCACCUGGCAGGGACGGACUGUCUCUGUCAAACAGGAACAGGUGCGACUGUUCCUGCUGAGUUACCAGGAGAGUUCCACAGACCUCCAGGCUGCACCUGAUACCAACAGUAAACUAGAGGUGUACGAGAAACUACUUAUGGACUGCAAGGAUGCCAUGCAGGUUCUGCGAGCAGAGCUGCGUGAGGACCCGUCAGCCCGUGCUGCGCAGGCGGAGGGAAAGACGACCCAGGUGGGCCACCUGCUGACCUACCUGACCUACAUCCGUAACACCAUCACCAUCCAGCGUAACCUGCUCAUGGCAGACACGGUCAAGGCUUCUCUCAGUCCUGGUGGAACUGUGGACGGCCGACGGGCGGCGAAACCUCAGGACCUGGUCCGCCUGUACGACAUCAUCCUGCAGAACGUGGAGGAGCUGCGACAACUCCCCGGCGUACAAGACGACACCACAACAUCCCAGAACCUGGAGGCGCAGAGCGACGCGUGCAAAGCCUACCGCAGCUUCUACAUCGCGAAGUCGUACGCCGUGAGCCAGAAGUGGAAGGAAGCCGUGGCGCUGUACGACCAGGCUCUGGUGCAGGGGAAAACCGCGCUGGGGUUGUACGCAAGCCUUCCCGACUCCGCUGACAGAAUAGCGGAGCUGGAGGGACUGGUGGCAGAAGUCCACGCCAACAAGUCUUCUUCUCACGCCUCCUGUAUCCUCGACUCGCCCACCUCGCCAGACGAACAGGACUUGACCCUCAACGACACCGGCGCCAACAUGGUGACCUUCCCGCCAAACUUCCAACCAAUCCCGUGCAAGCCGCUGUUCUUUGACCUGGCGCUGAAUCACGUGGAGUUCCCGUCAUUACAGGAUCGCCUGGCCGAGCAGAAAAAGGGCGGGGGGAUAGCGAACAUGGUUAAAGGCUGGUUCUGGGGAGGGGGGAAUAAAUAGAGGUGGUAUAGAAAUAAUGGGGGGGGGGUAAAAAUAAGGGGGUUCAUUUGUCAACGAAGGGUAGACACACAGGUAGUGAAACACUCAAGAAAACAGUUACUCAAGCAACUGGAUAGGUUUUGAAAACUAACGGAUAGUACAUGUAGAGGACACUACUACUAACAUCUGAUAGUUUUCAAAAUCUAGCCAGCUGCUUGAGUAGCUGUUUUCUUGAGUAAGAGGUGUCAUUGUUAUAGGCUACAGGAUGAUUUUGGGAGAAACAAAUUCAUUGCAACAAUUUUGGAGAAUCUAAAAGGACUGAGGACAGUGAAUGAUCUAAAUCCUGACAACCAGAUUAGAAUACAGACCAUGAAGGAUGUUCAAGCGGUUUUGCCAGGGAUAAACAUACUCAGUAAGCAAAGACAUACCAGGUCCUUUUUCAUACAGGGUGGCUAGAACCUUACAUGUUGUCCUAAAACAGAUAUAGGCAGUAUUCAUAGACAUUGACUGUUGUAUAGCAACAGAAGCAUCCGUGAAUAAUUUCAUCAAUUUAGUGAAUGAUUGAAUACCAGUAGCAAUGUUCUUUAUUCACAGCGACUUUUAAUAAGAGUCGAUGUUUUACUGACUGUCAUCUUCAUCAGGGCAAUUGUGACAGAUUCACUGUGCACUGAAGAUAGCAGUAACACCCAGCUUCAUUGCACAGUGAACCAGUUAUAAUUGCCCUGAGGAAGAUGACAGAUGGUCAUCGAAACAUUGGCUCUUACAAUAAGUGGUUGUGAAGUAAGAAUGUAACUACAUGUAUUUAGCAACAGAUGCAGCCUUAGCACCCAACUCUCAGGGACCAGCACGGCCCAACAGACUUGUGCUAACAUGCACAAAGUCUGAUCUAAAAGGUUAGAUAAUUAUAAAGUGAUGAAAGUGUAUGAGAAACAUGAAGUGAAGUCAGUAUUUCUGAAACUUCAGUUGAUUAUUUUGAAGAACUGUUUAAUUCUCCUUAUUUAACUUGCACUAGGUUAAAAAGAUAAUUUUGUAACAGUGUAUUAAAUGGCCUUCAAAACACUUGGAAGGGUAAGAAGUAACAGAAGUUUUGGGCUGACUGAGGCCCAUAUUUAGUUUACUACCGUCCAGGGGUAAAAAAAAAAUGUUUAUAGGAGACAAUUCAUCCCCUGCUUUCCCCCUCAAAAAAAACAUGCAGAGAUUCUUGCUUCUUGAUAUGAAAAUGUACACAAAUUGGGGGUUCAAUUGCUUUUGUUUCUACUAUGUAUGUAUGUAAUAAGACAAAUGAUGUAAUGCCAGCAAGAAAUGAAGCAUAUUUAGUCUAAUAAAUGCCUUUGUAGAGUUAUGAAUUUAAUUUGAAAUGUUAUAAAACAUUUUCCAUGCCAAUAAAAAACAUGUAUUGCA